CAUGUAGUCAAUUAAUAACAAUUAUUGCCUAUCAAAAAAAAGAAAAAAUUCAAGGACAAUAAUGGAGGGAAAGGGAAGAAUUGAUGAGCGUCAGAUGAAGGAAACUGAGGACAAGGAGACGUCCUCACAACAUGGAUCUGGGUUCCAUAAAAACUCAGAUGAGCUCAUUACUGUAUUAGGGGAUCAGCAGAGUGGGAGCAGCUUUAAUCAGAUAGCUGCAGAAGGGGUUCAAUGGUGGAGUAAACGGAUGGAAAAUAUGAGCCCAGAGGAGUUCCAACAAUUUUAUGCUGCGUUGGGGAUUCUCCGAGGAAGGGUGCAAACUCACCUGCAGCAACGGAUCAGAAUUAGAGACUCUAAUUCUGGGGAAACAAGCACCUCUAGCUCUAGUACUAGUAGUAAUGGUAGAGCUAGGCGCAGGCGACGUUGAUCAUAUUUUUCUUUGGGCAUUUUAAAUGAGAUAUUGUAAUUUUUCUUCUUUCUAGUGAUUAAAAGCUUGUAAUUUUUCUAUUAGAGAUGAAAAAAUCAAAAAGAUAUUUUUUU